AUGGAUAAAGAUGCCAUCACAACCAUGUCUUUACAGGAGCUAUCCGAUUUUCCUUUGGAUGAUUUCUUUGAUAAUUAUGAGCAAGGAUUGAGGCGGCUUGUGAGCAAUUUUCAGGUGGAGGCAGCCUGUAGGAAAGAGGAGAGUGACGAGGCAAGGGAGAAACUCAUCUCCAUCAGAAAGCUGAUUGCCAAAUUGCUGAAAACAACAAAUGAGGACUUUGAUAUUGAUCCUGAAGAAUGUGGAGAUCAAGUAGAUGAGCUUCUAGAAGCCUGUGUAAGACAGGCAACUUUACAGGCUUCUUGA